UUUUUCUUUUCUUUCUUUCUUUCUUUCUUUUUUUUAACCGUUAUACUACAUCUUAAGUUAAAAGAUGUCGCCUGCUGGUGCACAGAAGAGCAGUCCUCUGACUUUGGUGCUAAUGGUUGCUUCUGCUUCCAUUGGAGGAACUCUUCAAUAUGGAUACAACCUCGCCAUAAUGAACGCUCCAACAACAUUUAUCCAAACAUUUAUCAAUGAGACAUUCUUGGAGCGCUGGGACAUCCAGUUGGAGGACUACCAGGUUACUCUAGUCUGGACAAUUAUUGUCUCCAUCUUCUCGUUGGGGGGAUUUGCGGGGGCUAUUAUUGCGGGACCAAUGACCAUACGCUUCGGGAGAAAGAAAUGCCUGCUGUUGAACAACGUUUUCCUCAUGGCUGGAGCACUCUUAGCUGUGACCAGCAGAGCAGCCAAGUCCUUCGAGAUGAUCAUUAUCUCGCGUGUCCUAGUUGGAAUAAAUGCUGGGAUUAGCAUGAAUGUGCAGCCCAUGUAUUUCGGAGAAAGUGCACCAAAGCACUUAAGAGGGGCCAUCUCAUUGUCAUCAGCUGUUUUCACAGCAUUUGGUGUCGUGUUGGGACAGGUGGUCGGACUCAGAGAGAUUCUGGGCAGCGAGCCGUGUUGGCAGUAUCUCCUUGCCAGUAAUGCCGUUCCUGGACUCAUCCAGCUCCUCACGCUGCCGUGGUUCCCAGAGAGCCCCAGAUACCUGCUGAUCGACAGGGGAGACAAGGAGGCCUGUAUAAACGCUUUGAGACGGCUGCGAGGCUGCGAGGUCCAGAACAGCGAGCUCGAUGAGAUCCUGCAGGAACAGGCUGAAACCAAAGGCCUGAGGCCUCGUCGACCCUGGGAGCUUUUUACUGACCGCUCGGUGCGCUGGCAGCUCAUCAGCGUCAUGGUCAUCAGCAGCGCCAUGCAGCUCUGCGGGAAUGACUCGAUUUACUUCUAUGCAUCAUAUGUAUUCAAAGAGGCUGGAGUAUCUAAUGAAAAAAUCCAAUACAUCACAAUUGGCACUGGCACGUGUGAAUUCACAGCCUGUAUAAUGUGUAACCUGCUGAUUGAGCGCAAAGGUCGGAGGUUCAUGCUGAUGGGAGGGUACAUCCUCAUGACUGUCUGGGCUGUCGUCUUCACAAUCGCUCUGUCUCUUGAGCACUAUGUAUCCUGGAUGCCGUACCUCAGCAUGGCCUGCAUCUUCACCUACAUUCUCAGCUUCGGAAUGGGACCAGCUGGAGUGACGGGCGUUCUGCCCACAGAGAUCUUCAAUCAGACAGCGCGGCCAGCAGCCUAUAUGAUCGCUGGCUCCAUGAUGUGGAUCAACCUUUUCAUCACUGGGAUGCUCUUUCCAUUUCUAGUGAGGGAGUUGAGUGAGUACUGCUUUGUGCCUUUCGGAGUGGUCUGCAUGCUGUCAGCGCUGUUUGUCGGCCUGUUUCUGCCUGAGACCAAAGGGAAGUCUCUGUCCGCCAUCACAAGUGAAUUCCACAAACUCAACUUUAAAGGCCAGGAUGAAAUGUGUGUGUCGACUCAAGCUCAGUAUCAGCUGGGCGAAGUGUGUCUGUCCUCGUCGUUGUAGACUUUUUGUCCUGAGACACACACAGUCUCGGUAUUCCUCUCUUUGACCCGAUUGGCCCGAGCUGGAAGACGUCAUGAACUCGGGGAGUGUUCACUUCCACAUCACCGAAAGCAACUUUGUCCUAUUGUUACUACUUUAUCUUCCGUGUGCUGUCUAUAAAGAGAAUUUAAAGGAAUUAUCUUUCACAUGUUGCACUUAUGCUUUGCCACUUUGUGUCACUGAUUGACACUGGACAAAAGUAAUUAAAACUACUGUUUAUCAUAAAAGAGAAGAAGAGAAGUCAUUUGCUACCUCUUAAAGAAGUAAAUAAAGCCUUGCAAAUAAAUAGUUAUACAGUUUAUUAAGAUAUUUUACAUUUUUUCUCGUUUAAUGGGACAAAUAAUUUAGUUGUAGCCCAUGUUACCAGCAGAAUUAUUAGCUACUAUAGCACACCUUAACUUCAUCUUCUCAUUUGGGAGGUCAAAGGUCAAAGUAAGCUGCACAUCAGAGCUUCCAGUGAAAUAACCUGCACAACACUGAAGUCUUUGCUGUGCAGCCGGUGGUCGACCAAAGCAAAGAUAAUGCUUUUUAGGUAGAAACAACUACUAAAUUUGCACCUUAUGAAAAAUAAACCACAUGCAUCAAUGUGCACAUCUUAUUCAUUAAAUAAAGUAUGUUGAUGUUGAGAGUUUAUUCUACAGUUUUUACAUGUAUGUGUCAUUGCUUAUGCAGAAUAUUGACUUUUCUUUGUUUGUUUUUAAUGACUUAACUCUGAGCCAAUAAAAUGAUCUUGUAUUGA